GCAUUCUUCGCAAUUUAUUUUAUUUAUCUUUUCGUCUUUCGCUCGACGAACGUCAUAUCGCCGUUCUCCGCGAUAGGAUUAAUUUUGCCCAUCAUAAAAUUGGGCUUCAUUAGACUAAAAUGGUUAUUUAAAUAACUAUUUACCUAAAUCUAACUGAAAUUUGAUUAGAACCCUCUAAAUAAUAUUUCGUUGAAGAUUUGAGAUGGGAAGAAAUAAGUGGCAGAAGACUGGCGUGUCCAGCAAAGGUCGAAGGAUAAGAAAGUUGACGUUUGACGUUAUGUGGGAGUCUGGCUCAGGAUGGACAGAUGCUGUCAAGUUCGACGCUGAGGAUGAAAAACGAAAAGCCAGGGCUGAGGAGAUCAGGUUGCGAAACUCGGGUUUUGUUUACAAAAACAAACAACCUGUAGUCGUUUACAAUAAGGAAUUGUUGAAAGGGAAAGUUUUUUAUGUUGACUGUCAGCUUGACAAAGAAGCUGUAAAGAAAGACCAAGUGCUGAUGUUGAGUAGAAAGGAAAUCACAGAAGGAGUUGUAAGUCAGCUGCAGAAACUCGGAGCCACAGUUAGCCCAUCGUUAACUAAAAAAGUGAAUUUGAUAGUGUUCAUGAAUGGUCGCUAUGCCACCUAUGAUUACUCUCAGAAAAGGUCCAUUCCAAUGGUGUCAAGUGGUUGGAUUGAGGAGUGCAAGAAAUUAAACAGUAUAGCCAGCACCGAUAAGUUUUUAGCCAAAGUACCAAAGAAUUACUUAGAUCCCACUGCACCCAGGAAGUACAAGAGAAAUUAUUCUGUUGAGCAUUUGGAGAAACUUGUCGAGAAAAGGAAAAACCAAAGAAGUGUGGAAAAGUCAAAGGAGGACUCCAAGAAGCCCGAUAGCAAAUCAACAAAAUUGGUUAAGACUGAAAGUAAAGUAGACAAGAAAUCCCAGACCAAGCAAAAGUUGAAAUCAGAAAGUUCAACUUCCAAGCGAGAGAGAAAUAGUUCUAAAACAGGCUCUCCCACAAGUGAUUCCUCUAGUCGGAGUCACCAAGAAAACAAGUCACCUCAACAGAGGAAUGCUCGAUCAAACAGAAGUUUGUCUCUGGAAACUGUUAAAAUUGAAACAUCAGACCACAAGAAGAUGACGCAGUCCAAAAGGAGAGAGAGUCCUGCAAAAGAGCCGACGACCCCUGCUAAACGAAUCAGAAUUGAGUCCAUAAGCAUGAGCAGCCCUCUUGCAACUCCACCAAGGAUUGAAAAGCUGAAGACUGAGCAAAUCGCUGCUUCAAAUCUUGACCCAGAUCAAUCUAAACUACUGAAUGAAGCCAUCAGCAAACUCGGCCGAUUUGAAUUUUCUCCCUGCGCUACCGUGGGUGUCACGCACAUAGUCUGGGGCUCUGGCAGAACCAUAAAUCUUCUCAGGGGAAUUGCUCUCGGCUGCAGAAUUCUCACUUUUCAAUGGGUGGAGGAGUCUCUGGCAAAAGGAAAAUGGCUUCCUGAGGGCGAUUUUGUUGCUCCUGCGUAUGCUUCAGUUGAUAUGGAGAUCCAACGUUUGCGGAAAGUUUACGGCAGUCUUUUCUCAUGCCAGCUGUUGCGAGCCAUGGGCCCAAUCUACGUCAAUUCUGGAGUGAAAAGUGCCAAGCCAGAUGACUUGAGGACCUUGGUUCGUCUCUGUGGCGGCACUUUGGUGCACAACCUGCAGGAUGCAAAACUUGUGAUCGGCCCCCCGCCGGAUAAACUCAUUCUCUCUACCACAACCUACGUCAAAGAGAACUGGCUGUACAGUGUCCUUUGCAGCUACAGAAUCAAACCCAUCAACCCCUUUCUUUACGAAUCAAAGCAAUCCUGAAUUUUCAUCAUGUGCAAAUUAGUUUUAAGUUACCCUAUCUCUUGAGAUUAGAGAUUUUAAGUGAUCGGUCUGGAUGGAUCAUUGAAACAUUUGAUUGUCAUGUCGAUAAUGUAAGAGACCUGCCCUGAUAAUAGAAAGUUGAUCUGCAUGAAUCAUGUAUUAUAAGUUUCAAGAGUGGAAUUAAAAAUAAUAGAAAUUUAUUGUUCUUUA